AUGUCCAACGCGUUCGCCUGCACCCCGAUGGAGUGGCUUGACGAGGCGGUGGAGGAGAUGGCAGACGCUGUGGACUGUACGCCCUUGCAUCAUCGUAUCCAUCACCACGUCGUGGAGGUUAAGGCGCGUGGCGAGGCGUUGCAUUUUGCCCUCGGUCGUGGCGGUCUCAUGGGCACCUGCGAGGCCCCAAAGGAGUUUGCGGUGGCUGUCAGAGGACCAGUGCAACGAUGGCGUGCCCACCAAUGUGCGGCUCAGGACGACCUGCUCACGUUUAAGACCCCCAUCCUGGAGUUGCCUGUGUCGUGCGCGGUGGUGCAGUUCGCCGACGAUUUGAAGAAGAGGCACGUUGUACUGACUGGCCUGGCGUCGGAGGCCCAUGCGAUCAUCAACGCGAGCCAGAUCAUCCUGAACAACGAGCUCGAGAAGGGGGGCUUCAGGCAGAACAUGAAGAAGCGCGAGCUGGUCACGGAGCUCAAGCCGACUGAGAACCGCAAGUUCAAGACUCAGCUGGCGAACGGUUCUGGCCGUAUUCUUCCACAUGCUCGUCAUCUUGGCGGGCGGAACGCUUGGAACGACAACGCGAAUGUUGAGGUCGACUAUCACAUCGACGCGCUGAAGGCGGGCUGGUACUUCCGCUCGGAAGCUGAGCGUCACCGCCUGGACGUGCAGAUCUGCAGGAUGCUGAGGGUCCUCGAAGGCGGGGCGCAGGUGGCGCACGGCAUGCACGCCAAGGCUCCCACCAACAAGGAGCUGGCGAAACGCUGGGGAGCACUCCCUGUGCGUGCGGCCCCGGCGAUGCAACGUGCGCGCUGGCUACCAGACACGGUGCGGCAUCCUCUUGCACAUCAGCAGGUGAUUGCCGCGGUGUGGGGAGGGGGCCAUCUGGAGGGCGCCCCGUCUCCCAUCGGCAUGGAAAGGAGGCUGAAGGUGUCCACGAGCCCUUUCGCCAGGCAGUUCACGCGAGCUCGCAUGCUGCUGGAGGGCACCAGCGGCACCGAGGACGUCUUCGAGGGGAGGGGCGAUCGCCGGUCGAGCGUGGCAGGAGCCGCGGAGGUGCGAGGAGGUGUCCAAAAGGCCGUUCUGAAGGUGGAUGCGAAGCUGCUCGAGGUGUCGCUGAUGAGGGGGGAUCGGCCGUGGGAGAAGCUGCCGCCCAGGGCUCGCGUGACGGAGGAGGCCCCGGGUGAGUACGUAUGCGGCUUCCUGGACGUGCAGGGCCGCCGCGUCAAGCCCCGCACCGAGGACGAGGGAGGCAGCAAGGACAAGCGGCUCAAGGGCGUCGGCGACGAAGGGCUUCGUUGGUUCCUCCUCGUGAUGGUCAAGCGGCUCCUGAGGUGUUCACAAGGGAUGCGCGAGCUCGGCGGGUGCCCAUUCGACACUUUUCUCUGCCCUGCCGACGGACUCGAAGCGACGAAGAUCUCAGAGCAAACGCACAACUACUCGACAGCGGCGAAGAAGGCGCUGAAGGAAAGGGGCAGCGAGGUGGGGGGCACGAGCGCCAAGAGCAUCAUGGAUACAUGGGAUUGGCUCGACGCACACAACGCGGAAGAAAAGACGGAGAUGACCAGAAUGUGCCGCCUGGACAAGACGUGCGACAACGACACGACGAGGAUCACCCUCGUGCUGCGCGAAAAGCGGCGGCGCCAGGUGGCGACCCAGAGCCGCGCUCGGGUGGGCAUGGGCCGCAAGCGGGGCGAGGCUACAGCAUCGUCCAUGGAGUGCAGAGCUGCAGGAGUGCGUGGGCCAGCUGCUGCAGCAGCAGGGCAAGCACGCGAGCCCGCGGCGGGGCACGCGGGGGGAGGCGUGGACCUACCACCGCUGUGCUCGAGCGGGUGCGCGAGCCCGCCGCCGCAGGCGCUCCUGCGGCUGCUCUGCCCGUCGGCACCCCCACCGUGA